CCCAAAAACGAACCUGGACCAGCGGGACAAGAUGCAGGAGAGCUACGAGAGCGUCAUCUCCCUGGCGGAAGAAAUCGCCAUCAGUUGGCCACGGAUCACCGCCUUCGCCGAAUCGCACCGGAGGAGGGGGCUGGUGUCCGACGAUGGGUUGUUGAGCGAGAACGAAGAGGAAGACCCACCACCGGGCGAGCUGGAGAAGGGGGACGCCGAGGGGACGCCGGUGGGGAAGCCCAAAGGGACCAGCCCCACCGGUGCGGAAGGGACAAAACCCAACGAGAGUCCCCAAAAAGCCGAAAAUCAACCCAGAAAACCCUCGGGCAAGCGACAGGCUAAAUCGGGCCACCGGGGCUUCAAGAAGUUCCCCCCAAGGAGCUUGUUGGGCCACGGGCGCUGCCACGACUGCGGCAAAGCCUUGGCCUUCGGCUCGGCCUUCAACAAACGCCGGCGCGGCACCGAGCGGCCCCACAAGUGCCCCGAAUGCGGGAAGUGUUUUCGGCUCAGCUCCACCCUCAUCACCCACCAGCGCCGACACGCCGGCGAGAAACCCUACAAGUGCCCCGACUGCGGCAAGACCUUCAGCGUGGGCUCGGCCUUCAUCCAGCACCAACGCGUCCACGCCGGCACCGCCGCCGGCGCCGCCCCUUGCCAAUGCGGCGUCUGCGGGAAGAGCUUCACCGCCAGCGCCAGUUUGGUCAAACACCAAAAACUCCACCUGGAGGAAAAACCCUACAAGUGUGGGGAUUGCGGGAAGGGCUUCAACUGGAAUUCCCACCUGGAGCGGCACCGGCGCAUCCACACCGGCGAGAAGCCCUACUCCUGCCCCGAGUGUGGCAAGAGCUUCAGCUGGAGCUCCCACCUCGACCGGCACCGCCGGACCCACGCCGCCGCCGCCGCCGGCGAGCCCCCUUGCCGUUGCGCCGACUGCGGGCGCUGCCCGGCCCCUCGCGCCGCCGAAGGCUCCAAAACCCCCGAGAAGGCCUUGCAGUGCAACGAGUGCGGCAAAGGCUUCACCAAGAGCGCGGCCUUGGCCAAGCACCGGAGGGCCCACGCCGGCGAGAAGCCCUACAAGUGUGGGGAGUGCGGGAAGGGGUUCGGCUUGAACGCGGCCUUGCUGCAGCACCAACGGAGCCACGCCGCCGGCAAACCCUACCAGUGCGGCGACUGCGGUAAGAGCUUCGCCUGGAGCUCCCAUCUCGACCGGCAUCGGCGCAUCCACAUGGGGGAGAAACCCUACCGCUGCGGGGACUGCGGGAAGAGCUUCUCCCAGAGUUCCCACCUGGAGAGGCACCAACGCGUCCACGCCGGCGCCGAGCAGCCCUGCCAAUGCACCGACUGCGGCAAGAGCUUCUUGGCCUCCAACAAGCGCCGGCGGUUGUUGGCCGGCGCCGCCGGGGAACGACCCUGUAAAUGCACCGAUUGUGGAAAGAGCUUUCUAUGGGGGGCCCGGGCCCGACCGGCGCCGGAGAGGACCCACAAGUGCAGCGAAUGUGGGAAGAACUUCACCUACCGGGCGGAGAACGUCAAGCACCAAGGGACGCAGACCGGGGAGAAGCCCUACACCUGCCCUGAAUGCGGGAAGAGCUUCGGGCAAAAUUCGGCGUUGGUGAAACACCGGCGGAUGCACACGGGGGAGAAGCCCUACAAGUGUGGGGAUUGCGGGAAGAGCUUCAGCGUCCGCUCCAACCUCAUCAAACAUCAACGCACCCACCUCGGCGAGAAGCCCUACAAGUGCCCCGACUGCGGGAAGGGCUUCAUCCAGAAGUCGGACCUCACCAAGCACCGGCGGAUGCACACGGGGGAGAAGCCCUACAAGUGCAACGUCUGCGGCAAGUGCUUCAGCGUCUCCUCCAACCUCAUCAAGCACCAGCGCAUCCACCACGAUGGGUUGUUGAGCGAGAACGAAGAGGAAGACCCACCACCGGGCGAGCUGGAGAAGGGGGACGCCGAGGGGACGCCGGUGGGGAAGCCCAAAGGGACCAGCCCCACCGGUGCGGAAGGGACAAAACCCAACGAGAGUCCCCAAAAAGCCGAAAAUCAACCCAGAAAACCCUCGGGCAAGCGACAGGCUAAAUCGGGCCACCGGGGCUUCAAGAAGUUCCCCCCGAGGAGCUUGUUGGGCCACGGGCGCUGCCACGACUGCGGCAAAGCCUUGGCCUUCGGCUCGGCCUUCAACAAACGCCGGCGCGGCACCGAGCGGCCCCACAAGUGCCCCGAAUGCGGGAAGUGUUUUCGGCUCAGCUCCCCCCUCAUCACCCACCAGCGCCGACACGCCGGCGAGAAACCCUACAAGUGCCCCGACUGCGGCAAGACCUUCAGCGUGGGCUCGGCCUUCAUCCAGCACCAACGCGUCCACGCCGGCACCGCCGCCGGCGCCGCCCCUUGCCAAUGCGGCGUCUGCGGGAAGAGCUUCACCGCCAGCGCCAGUUUGGUCAAACACCAAAAACUCCACCUGGAGGAAAAACCCUACAAGUGUGGGGAUUGCGGGAAGGGCUUCAACUGGAAUUCCCACCUGGAGCGGCACCGGCGCAUCCACACCGGCGAGAAGCCCUACUCCUGCCCCGAGUGUGGCAAGAGCUUCAGCUGGAGCUCCCACCUCGACCGGCACCGCCGGACCCACGCCGCCGCCGCCGCCGGCGAGCCCCCUUGCCGUUGCGCCGACUGCGGGCGCUGCCCGGCCCCUCGCGCCGCCGAAGGCUCCAAAACCCCCGAGAAGGCCUUGCAGUGCAACGAGUGCGGCAAAGGCUUCACCAAGAGCGCGGCCUUGGCCAAGCACCGGAGGGCCCACGCCGGCGAGAAGCCCUACAAGUGUGGGGAGUGCGGGAAGGGGUUCGGCUUGAACGCGGCCUUGCUGCAGCACCAACGGAGCCACGCCGCCGGCAAACCCUACCAGUGCGGCGACUGCGGUAAGAGCUUCGCCUGGAGCUCCCAUCUCGACCGGCAUCGGCGCAUCCACAUGGGGGAGAAACCCUACCGCUGCGGGGACUGCGGGAAGAGCUUCUCCCAGAGUUCCCACCUGGAGAGGCACCAACGCGUCCACGCCGGCGCCGAGCAGCCCUGCCAAUGCACCGACUGCGGCAAGAGCUUCUUGGCCUCCAACAAGCGCCGGCGGUUGUUGGCCGGCGCCGCCGGGGAACGACCCUGUAAAUGCACCGAUUGUGGAAAGAGCUUUCUAUGGGGGGCCCGGGCCCGACCGGCGCCGGAGAGGACCCACAAGUGCAGCGAAUGUGGGAAGAACUUCACCUACCGGGCGGAGAACGUCAAGCACCAAGGGACGCAGACCGGGGAGAAGCCCUACACCUGCCCUGAAUGCGGGAAGAGCUUCGGGCAAAAUUCGGCGUUGGUGAAACACCGGCGGAUGCACACGGGGGAGAAGCCCUACAAGUGUGGGGAUUGCGGGAAGAGCUUCAGCGUCCGCUCCAACCUCAUCAAACAUCAACGCACCCACCUCGGCGAGAAGCCCUACAAGUGCCCCGACUGCGGGAAGGGCUUCAUCCAGAAGUCGGACCUCACCAAGCACCGGCGGAUGCACACGGGGGAGAAGCCCUACAAGUGCAACGUCUGCGGCAAGUGCUUCAGCGUCUCCUCCAACCUCAUCAAGCACCAGCGCAUCCACCUCGGGGAGAAACCCUACCAGUGCUCCGAGUGCGGCAAGAGCUUCAUCCAACGCUCCGAGCUCACCAUCCACCAGCGCGUCCACACCGGGGAGAAGCCCUACAAGUGCCCCGAGUGCGGCAAGUGCUUCAGCCGCAGCUCCCACCUCAACCGCCACCAGCGCACCCACACCGGGGACAAGCCCAAAGCCACCUCUGCUGCCACCACCACGGCCACCAACCCCUCUGGUGGCUUCUCCGGUGCCACCUUCUCCCCGCCGUUGGGCGGCUCGGCGGCCCCCAUC